CUCGCACGUUGUUUCCGACGCCGUUGAAAAGACUCAGAUCAGAGUUUGCAGCUUGUGCCUUCGUUUUGUGCUCGCUACCAUUGUGAACAAGUCCCCACAGGUGACCUCGUUUUUUUCUCGUGCGGUGCAAUUCGACCAUCAGGAUAGGCUUUUUCGAGCUCGCCGACGUGCUUUUCCGAGACGUCGUCAUCAUUUCUUUCCUCUCCCCAGUCCGGACCGUCCGGCUGCCCCGGUCGCUUUCCGACACCCAACGGUUAUAAAAGCACUGCGAACUUCUGGGUCCCCCCAAUCUUCACCCAUCCUCGUCCCUCAGUUCUCAACAAUCUGGCAGGUUCCAGUCUUCGGCAGGCCCGUCGCAUAGAAGCAUAAAUUUCCCUCGUCUUCCGUACAUAUUCAUUCCAGCAAGAUGAAGUUUACAUCUGCCCUCACGGCGUUGAUCGCCGCAACCAGUGUCAUUGCCGCGCCUGCCAUCCCCCGUCGCGGCAUCGAAAUCGGCGAUACCCAAAUCACAUUCGUCGACCAGAUCGCCUCCCCCGUCGGGGCCAACUUCAACGUCAACUUCAAGGGAUACGUGACUAAGACCGUCUCCCAAUCCACCGUCGAGACUGUCUUCCGUCUCCUCGCGUUCCUCUUCCCCGGCGAGCAGGACUCUGAGAUUCUCGACGAGCGCAUCAAACUUUUCACGCGUGUCGGUCUUCCUCUCACCCAGGUCGACGUCUCUCUGCCCUUGGGAUCAGGUGCCACCAGCACCGUCAAUGUCGGACGCACCGACCAAACCGGAAAGUUCUCUGUGGCUAAGGUCCUCGACCUCACCGCCGCCGAUGAGACUGACGGCCUCAUCGAGUUCACUGCGAACGGUUUCUCUCCCGCCCAAACCAUUGGCGGACGCACCUUUGUCCUCAAGGCCAACGGCGUGUCGGUCUUUUCCGACAUUGACGACACCAUCAAGUUCUCCGAAGUCAACAGCAAGACCAAGCUCCUCGAGCACACCUUCUUGAGGCCCUUCACCGCCGUUCCCGGCAUGGCUUCUCUCUACCAGAAGAUCAACUCUGAGCUUUCGGCCAAGAACUUGAACCCCACCUUCCACUACCUGUCCCGAUCCCCUUGGAACUUGUUCGCUCCCCUCGCCCAGUUGCUCAAGGACAACCUCUUCCCCCAGGGGCAGUUCAUCCUCCGCGACCUGUCCGCGUUCGACCUCAGCCUCAUCAAGUUCAUCACCGAGGGCGCUGACUACAAAACUGACCGCAUCAAGGAGUUCUUUGCUCUUUUCCCAACGAGGAAGUUGAUCCUUAUCGGAGACAGCACCGAGCAGGACCCCGAAUCCUACGCCGCGGCCUACAAGCUCAGCCCCAACAGCAUCACCUGCAUCGCCAUUCGCAUCGUCACCGGCGUCGAUGCCAAGAAGGAAGCUGGACAGAUUGCACCUAGCCGUUUCGAGAAUACCUUUGCUGGUAUCCCUCGCUCCAAGUGGAUCACUUUCACCGACCCCAGCCAGAUUGACGCCGCCUUCCUCGCCAAUGGCAACUGCCGCAAAUAGAUUGCGCGUUCUGAUGUAACAUAUUCGAAUCCAUACCAUACCCCCCCGCGGAAGACUCAUAUACAGCUCUUAGGUCUCCAUAAUCCCUAUAAUAGCUAAUCAUUCCAUUCCAUGAUAUCGAGCAAAGUGCUAUAAUGUAUAGAGCCUUGCACUCUCGUACGCUUGGUAGUACUGUAUCAUAGAACCCCCAGUUCAUUCACCUGUAACUGUAAAUACAUAUGUGAU